AUGGCCUCACAAUUCAUACCCAACUGUUCAGACAGCGAAGAGAGCGAUGGAGAAGGCGGUCUCGGCAACCUGAACCGGCUGAUCGUGCGUCCGCCCGGCCACAGCGGGAAGGCCAAGCGCGGCCAUCUCUGCUUCGACGCGGCCUUCGAGUGCGGCAACCUGGGCCGGGCCGACCACAUCUCGGAGCUGGAGUAUGACCUCUUCAUCAGGCCAGAUACGUGCAGGCCCCGGUCGCGGUUCUGGUUCAAUUUUACAGUUGAGAACUGCAAGCAGGAUCAGAGAGUAAUAUUCAACAUAGUAAACUUGGGUAAAGAGAGGACGUUAUACUGUACAGACAUGACACCGCUAAUUCGUUCCACGUCGCGACCAAAAUGGCAGCGCAUGCCGCGCCGGCUGGUGUUCUACCAGCGCUCGGCGGCGCACCGCGGGCGGCGGCUGCUCAGCCUGGCCUUCGCCUUCGACCGCGAGGAGGACGUGUACCAGUUCGCGGCCGCCGCGCCCUACUCCUACUCGCGGCUGCAGCGCCAUCUGGCCGCCUGGGAGAAGAAGGCGCAGGGCUACUCGCAAGUCAGCAGGGAGGCUAUUGUGCAGACUACGCAAAAGCGGCGAGUAGACCUGAUAACAAUAGGAGACGUGCACGUGAAGGAGAGGGAGGUGAAGGACGAGGGUCCCACGAAGGGGAAGGGGGGGGAGGGGAAGCGCCGCGUCGUGCUCAUCCUCGCGCGGGUGCACGGCGGGGAGCCGCCCGCCUCGUUUAUCUGCCAAGGUUUUCUAGAUUACAUGAUUAGUUCUUCAGAAAAAGCGGCCGCCUUGCGUAACGGGAUAGUGCUACAGGUGAUCCCAAUGCUGAACCCGGACGGCGUGUUCCUCGGCAACCAGCGCGCGGACCUGCUGGGCGCCGACCUCAACCGCAGCUGGCACCGCGCCACCAGCUACGCGCACCCCGCGCUGGUCGCCGUGGGGGACCUGCUGAACAAACUCAAUGCUGAAAAGGGGGGCAACCAGCGCGCGGACCUGCUGGGCGCCGACCUCAACCGCAGCUGGCACCGCGCCACCAGCUACGCGCACCCCGCGCUAGUCGCCGUGGGGGACCUGCUGAACAAACUCAAUGCUGAGAAGACGAUGCAGCUGGACUUCAUCAUCGACAUCCACGCAGACUUGAGCCACGAAGGCGUGUUUGUUCGCGGCAACUCGUAUGAUGACGUUUACAGGUUUGAGCGGCACGCAGUGCUCCCAAAGUUCCUAGCUGGCCGCAUCGAGGCGUGGCAGCCCGACACGUGCAUGUACAACGCCGACCCCGCAGCACUGGGCAGCGCGCGACGCUCCUUGCCGACCGGCAAUGUAGACGCGUACAGCUUGCUAGCGUCGCUGGGAGGCAGGAGACUCAGUGCCAAGGGACCCUACAUUCAUUAUACUGAGGAUGCUUAUUUUAAAAUAGGCAGAGCGUUAGCGAAGGCUCUCUGCGACUACUACCGCCACGUCGGCGUCAUUCCGCCGCGCGAGGGCUUGUCCAAGAAGAAGAAGGAGGGACGAGGACGGCGGCGGCGGAGGCGACCUGUGCCAGAGCGGGAGAGGUCCCCCAGUUCGUCCCGCGAGCGGCGCGUAGUGCGCACGCGCGUGGUGACGCCGCCCCUGCCCCCCGCCUCGCCGCCGCCGCCCCGCGCGCCCCCGCCGCUGCGCCACGUCCCACAUCAGGCGCGCCCCCGGACAGUGGACUACCAUCCCGUGUUGCCGGUUAUUACUGGGACUGUUUGCACAGCAGUCCGCACGCCCCGCCUCGCCGUGGUGGACCUCAGCGCCUACAUCCGCACCCCCACUAUCGGCAGCAAGCGGCGCCUGGAGUCUCGCAUGAAGCUGGCGCGGCCGCCGCGGCCCUCACACCCGCGCUACACUAGUGAUGAGUACGACACUCACGAGUCUGACUCCUAG